AGAAGAGGUGAAGUGGUAGAAUGAGAAAGAGAGUAUAACAUGCUUUUUAGUGCUGAAGAACUACACAUUUAGUCUAAUUUUGGUGGUCAGCCUCACUGUCCUGCAAGGUCUCACUUGGACUCUUUCCAUCAGACUCUUCUUUUUAUUUGCCUGUUUAAUCAUUACUACUAUGCUGUCCGUCUGGAUCGUCUUGGUUUCCUACAUGGAUUUUCUCUUGUACUCCUCUGCAGAAGAGGGCCUGGAGUUUCCCAGUUUUGAUGGCAAGGACAGAGUUCUUAAUGUUAAUGAAAGGAACUAUAAGAAGGCUUUAAAGAAGUAUGACAUGAUGUGUUUGCUGUAUCACGACCCCCUGCCUUCAGAUAAGGAGCUCCAGCAGCAAUUUCACAUGAGGGAGAUGGUUCUGGAGCUUGCUGCUCAGGUUCUUGAAGACAAGGAUAUUGGUUUUGGAAUGGUAGACUCACACAAGGAUGCUAAAGUUGCCAAAAAGCUUGGUCUGGAGGAAGAGGGAAGCAUCUAUGUUUUUAAGGAUGAAAGAGUGAUCGAAUUUGAUGGAGAGCUCUCUGCAGACACACUGGUUGAAUUCCUGCUGGAUCUGCUGGAGGACCCAGUGGAAUUGAUCAGUAACCCCAUGGAACAACGCGCUUUUGAGCGAAUGGAUGAAGACAUACGCCUUAUCGGCUACUUCAAGGGUGAAGAAUCUGAGCACUACAAGGCCUUUCAGGUGACUGCAGAGAAGUUUCAACCAUAUGUGAAGUUUUUUGCCACUUUUGACAAAGGGGUGGCUAAACAACUGACUCUAAAAAUGAAUGAAAUCGAUUUCUAUGAGCCCUUCAUGGAUGAGCCUGUAACCAUUCCUGGCAAACCCAACUCAGAAGAGGAGAUAGUGGACUUUGUUAAUCAACAUAGAAGGCCCACUCUGAGAAAGCUUCGUGCUGAGGACAUGUUUGAGACUUGGGAGGAUGACAUGGAUGGAAUCCACAUUGUUGCCUUUGCUGAGGAGGAGGAUCCAGACGGUUAUGAAUUCCUGGAAAUUUUAAAGGAGGUUGCAAGGGACAAUACUAAAAACCCAGAUCUAAGCAUAAUGUGGAUUGAUCCUGAUGAAUUUCCUCUGUUAACUUCCUACUGGGAGAAGACCUUUAAGGUGGACCUUUUCCGACCCCAGAUUGGUGUGGUGAAUGUGACUGAUGCUGACAGUGUGUGGUUGAGCAUGCCUAACGAUGAAGCUCUACCAUCAGCUGAGGAGCUGGAGGACUGGAUAGAGGAUGUUCUCUCUGGGAAGGUCAACACUGAGGAUGAUGAUGAUUAUGAUGAUGAUGAUGAUGAUGAUAGCGAUGACGACAGUAGCGAUGAAGACCGUUAUAGUGAUGAUGAUUAAGUGGUAUUUACAAUGCAAAAAAAAUAAAGAAACGGCAGCUAUGGUUGCCAGAACAUUACUGUAAAAAGUAUGGUAGCAACAUUUUAGGUUUUACAGACUGAAUUUAAAUUUACAGAACAAAAUGUGUAUUUCAUUAUCUGUUAAUAUAUCAAUUUACUAAAAUCUUUAAUAUACUGACAGACACACAGUUGGUAAAGAGAAAGCCACAUAAAUCAAAGGUCAUCACAAGUACAUGUUCUACAAGCUGAGGUAAAUAAUAUAUAAAAGGUGCACACAGUGUCUUACAGAAUGGUACUAUGAUGGUAACACACGACACUACAAUUAUGCCAUGACAACAUUAAUUCAACAACAUAAGAUGUACUGUAACAUGAAACCCUAAUAUACAUAACAGAUAAAAAAAAAAGAAAACCUAAGAAAAAACUGUUAUUUCAAUAAUAAUAAUAAUAAAAAAAAAAAAACAUCAAAUGUGAAGUGUAACAAAGGGAAUUCUGGGAUUGCCAAUUUAUGUUUUUCACAUUAUUUUCACAUUAUUAGAUGAAUUGUUCUUUUUCACUUACUAAAACUGUACAUUUAAAAGUAUUUUACUGUAAAAUUACAUGAAAUGUCUCAUUACAUCUAUUAAAGUUUUUCACCAUAGAAAGUAAGGGAACUUACCGAUAAACAAUUAACAGGUUUUUACCAUAGCAUUUUAGUCUUUUACUGUUAAAAUUAUGAUAAUUUUUUUACAGUGUAGAAAAACUACAAUCAUAGAGUGCUGUUAAAAAUGUUCUUUCCACAUUGUAUUGAUGAUAUCCAUUUUAAAGGGUUAGUUCACCCAAAAAUGAAAAUUCUGUCAUUAAUUACUCACCCUCAUGU